AGUGUUCGAUAGGGGCAAACGGCGGCUCUUUUCAGGCGAAAUGGAUUUUGUGUAUCCUUUUCGCCUGAAAUCGAUACACAGUACCAGAUUCUGGUAUGAAUCUGCCGUGGAUAACGAAAGCUAUUUCAUCGCCUGCGGUGGGUUGGAUCUACAGUAUACUCAAGUCAAAGAAUCUCAUCAUCAUAUGAAGCAGACGGCAAGAAUGUCCUGGACUCUCCAUCCGGCCAGAAUCGAUGUCACAUCCUGCUGAGGUUAUGCGACAGGUGUGGUAAGAUGGCACAGCUCCAUCUACGAUUGAGCACUCUUGUGGUGCGCUUGAACUGCAUGUGCAUCACCAUUUUGUUGCUGAGCGAGACUCCUUGGGCUAGCCGACCCAUCAACACAUUCAGGAGAGCAGAGACAAAGGCAAUUUUGCCCAAAAGCUCAUCACCAGUCAUGGCGUUAGAACGAUCUCCAUCUCGAGAUAUGGAACAAGUAUUCAACGGGAGACUCGUCGUUCGCGCUUCACAUGCGUCCACCAGCAGAGGAAAAACCAAGACUUCUCAAGAUGGAGUUCUUUACAGAGGCCUGCCUUCGAGAUCUGCUAAGUGGACUGCUCGCGGUAUUGAGACGAGAAAGGGAAGUCCGGAAGGGAACUUUCCUGUUCAGCUUGCAGAUUCUUUCCAUCUGGUGACAUUGACUUCUCGGAAUCACGCUGAGAACCAUGAUGUAUUUCACCGAGCUUUACUUCGGGAUGUAUCUCCGCCUGGAAUGUGGCCUAUAACUGAUGACCAAGACGGAGAAUACGUCUGAAGAAGAUCUCUCGUGACGAGCAUCCUCAACAACUGGCAGCUUAAGUGUCCGGAUGGCGUUGGAAACUCAAGAUAACGGCUUUCCGUCGUAGCCAUGACUAGUCCAUGAAGGUGUACUACAUCGGCACCCGCCCCACGCUUACCUGCGCCUGUGAGUACAUCCCUCGUGAAAGUUGAGCAUUGAGUCGUCACCCCGGUUUCUAGCUCAAUCUGCUUGUUAGGAAUCUUCAAUGGCAGCAUGUCUUUCGAGAUAAACGAGAAUCCUGUCUGGAGGAUGACGGAAUGACUCAUGUUAGACGGGAUUCUGAUGGGAUGAAAAAAUCUGCAAACACUCUAAACCUUUUUCUCGUCGUCCGCCUUCAAGGCCUACCUCGCACAGCUCUCCAUAUGCCAACAAGCAAGUCCAUAUCUUCUAGGUCGAAGAUACGGACUUGCUAGAAGAAUGCCCUAGAUACACACAUGAGCAUGUUCACUCCGUUUCACCCCACAAGACUAUUCGAUUUUACCAAUCUCGAGUUGAUCAUUCGGAACGAAAACUAUAUGGAUAAUACUUGUUCGAAUGCGAUUCCUAGGUUCCCUACUGAUCAUCUAUAUUCGAAAAGAUUGAUGCAGAUCUGUGAUUAUGAAGGUGUUUAGGAAACCUGUGAUGAAUAAUCUGACUUAGACCCUACAGACGCUCUCAUAUCUCAGGAUAUGAGGAGAAAUUACAUUAGCUGUGAACGCUGUGGACUCUCAACUGGAGCUAUGCUCUCUCAGAGUGUGUCUACUUUGCAAGAACCCGGAUACAGGCCCGGUGAGGACAGUCUGCAGGGAUGCGUCUGGUCAUCAUAUCCUUAGAUCUCUGAGAUUUUCGUGAUUCUCUUGUUUUUCAGAACACCUGACUUCUAAGUAAGCAUUUGCUCCAGAAGCUAGCGAAUCAGAGGAUCAACGGACUCCAAGAAUCUUCUCUGAAUAUUCAA